AUGAAAGAUAAACAAACUAUACCUAUCCUUAUUUGUAAAAAUAUGCUCGGUGGAGAAUCUCCUUUCGAUUUAUCAAUUAAUAAUCAUCAGCAAAAGAUAAUUAAUCUUAUACUUUCAACGAUUCUAAAAUACUAGGACCACAUACUGUUUAACGAGCUGGUAGAUAAAAAUCUAUGCGAAUUAAUCAAACAAUAAAUAGACUUAUAGGAAUAUUUUGAAAGUAAUCUUCCCAACUAUGAUAUCAUUGAUCAAUAAUUCUUAAGUCAACAUAAUGACGAAUAAGAAUUGAUUAAAGGUAUAAAUCUGGAUCAUCCUAAAGAUGUACUCUAAAAGUAUUAUGAAUUAUUUGGUAAAGAAUUGGUUGAUUCAUAAGAAGAAAGUGACUCUGUUGUGUCUAUUGAAUAUCAUUUGAUCAACUUGCCAGUCACUUUACAAUCUAAUCCUCAAGAGAUAAUGAAGGUGUUAAGUGAGUCUGAAAGGCCAGAUUAUUUCGAAAAUAAGGUAAUCUAAAGUAUAAUCAAGUUUAAAUGGAAUGAAUACACAAAGUCAUUCUAUUAGAACAGGUUCUAUACUUACUUGAUAUUUAUGGCAUCUUUUAUUUUUGAUAUCUUCUACUCAACUUAUGCUUUUGCAAUAGAAAUUGAUAAAAAUUUACAAGGUUAGAAGAUUGAAGACUUGGAAACUUAAAAUUUGCUCAAGAUUUCAACUAAAGUUAUAUGCUCUAUUGUUCUUUUCUAUUUCUUGACCUACGAGAUAAAUUAAAUCAGAGUUUAAGGAAAAAACUACUUUAAAGAUGGAUGGAAUUAUUUCGAUUUUUCUCAUAUUUUGGCUUUCACAUUAUAUUGCAUUUUAGACUUUACUAGUGAAAACCAAGAGAGUCUAAUCUUGAUAAAAAUUCUUGUAAUUGUCUUAUCUUUCAUGAAGCUAUUCUUCUUUUUGAGAAUUUAUGAUGGCUUCAGCUUCUUAGUUUAAAUGAUGGCUGGAGUCUUCAAGGACUUAAAAUAUUUCUUGAUAUUUUUCCUAAUUUUCAUCCUAUAGUUUGGAAUGAUAUUCUUAAAUCUCAUCUGGUGA